AUGUAUACAUUCUUCACUCUUUCACUUCUUAUGACUCUUACUCCCCAUGUCUUGUCCGCACCAUUGAACAACGCCAUCACCACCGUCCCUACCGGCCAGAUCAUCAGGAGCUGCACCACCCCGAACACCGUUGCCCUGACCUUCGACGACGGUCCCUCGGGCUACACGCCGCAACUGCUCGACCUGCUGAACGAGUACGGAGCCAAGGCUACCUUCUUCAUGAUCGGUGAAGGCAGCCAGGAAUAUCCCGAUACGAUCAGGCGCAUGAGGAGCGAAGGUCACCAGGUCGGAUCACACACAUUGGAGCAUGCCAGUCUCCCAUCCCUGAGCUACGAGCAAAUCGUGCAACAGAUGACGAAGCUCGAGGGGAUUCUGCAGUCUGCCAUGGGAGAUAUUCCCACUUACAUGCGGCCUCCGUAUUUCGAAGUCAACGAACAAGUCCUUGCGGCUAUGAAUGAACUGGGCUACAAGGUUAUCCAGUCUAGUAUUGAUACUAAGGAUUACGAGAAUAAUGAUGUCUCGCGGAUUGACAUUAGUUAUGAGAAAUUCGUUAAUGAGUUGAAUGCCGGUGGUAGCAUCGUGCUGGCUCAUGAUAUCCAUGAGCAGACGGUGGUUAGUCUCGCUCGGCGGAUGAUGGAGGAGAUUAAGGCGAAAGGGUUUAAGAGUACCUUUCUCCAUACCCAAUGA